CACAUUGCGCAUGCGCACUUCCAAAAACGGCAGCAUGCUUGGCUGCCUGUUAUUUUACGCUCUCUACCCGCUAUCUCGGUACCUGCUUUAUAAACAACCCUCUGAGUCUGCAAAGAAGGGUCGACCCUGUGCUGUCAAUGGCAGAACAGCGUGUGAUGGUGCUGCUGUCACAACCAGGAUGUUCACCCAGUUUAAUAAAAACCUGCUGCACCUUUGGCUUGGCCAAAGGGGUGAGUCUAAGGGACAAAACAAGGAAAGGUUAAGCGAACAAUGUUCCUCAGAGGUAGACAAUACUCCAGAUGCAGAACAGCCGAUAUCGGUCAUGCCGAAAGACACAAAGAACCAGCCAGAUUUGAACACAGUGAGUGUGGCCCUGUCUGGAGAAAAGGAGACUCUGUCAGCGGUGCAACAGAAUGCACUGGAUGCACCCCAAGGACAUGUCAGGAAGACACAUUGUCCACUGAGGCAACAAUGCAUUGAAGAAUCUGACAUUAUGCAAUAUGCUGCCCGUCCUACAGAGCAGCCGAUGAGGGUGCACAGAUUAGACAAGUCUGAAAGUAGCAGACCGGAAAGAGAGUGCUGGGAUGAAUAUCUUGCCCCUGCUGCUGAUGACAAGCUGGACGGUGGAACAAAUUCUAACCUGGCGUUGACAUCCGUUCCAGCUCUUGCUCAAAUUCAUCACCGUGAUAAGCAAGCAGGAUGGCAUUUUCCUAUAGGUCAUAAUUUAGAAGAUGAAGUCCAUUGUCCACUCUGGCGUUUUCCUGCUCUGAGCUAUUACCCUUCAUUGGAGCCAAAAGAGUCAUUUGAAGUAAUGUGGAGAGUAUGGCAGGAGAUGAAAAGUGAUUACCCCACAACUUCUUUCACAAAGCCCACCAUGGACUUCACUGUCAUGUCCUACAACAUUUUGGCCCAGGACCUUCUGAUGGCCAACAUUCAGCUGUACAAACACUGCCGUCUAGAAGUACUGGACUGGAACUACCGCUGGAGCCUUCUUUUAGAGGAAAUAUGCAGAUUGGCCCCAGACAUUCUUUGUCUCCAAGAGGUUCAGGAGAACCACUAUGACACACUGCUGUAUCCAGCCCUCACUCAGAUGGGCUACAACUGCAUAUACAAGCGGCGAACCGGGAACAAGACAGAUGGCUGUGCUACUUGCUAUCGCAGUACACGCUUUUCCGAGGUGUCUGUCACCUUGCUGGAGUUCUUCCGGCCUGAAACUGAGCUUUUGGAUCGGCACAAUGUGGGCACUGUUUUGCUGCUUCGACCCCUUGUUUACCAGGGAUCCAAAGUCAGUGCGAAGGGCUCGCUGCUCUGUGUGGCCAACACACACCUGCUCUUUAAUCCGAAGAGGGGAGACAUCAAGCUAGCCCAACUUGCUAUAAUGUUGGCAGAGAUCGACAGUGUGGUCAAGUCAUGGAAGGCCAAAGGUGAACACUGUAAUGUUAUCAUGUGUGGGGACUUCAACUCUGUCCCACACACGCCACUUUACCAGCUCAUCACCAAUGGGGAGCUCUACUUUCAUGGUAUAGCCGCAUGGAGGGUAUCAGGUCAGCAGAAUGUUUCACAAAAAACUUCAUGCCACACACUGUUUGCUCCACUGUGGCCCAGCUCUCUGGGAAUAUCCGAUAACUGCCAGUAUGUCACUGCCAGUGAGGAGGAUGAGGGCUAUAGUACAGUUGCAGGGAAACUUCAGUACAGCCACAGCUUCCUCUUGAAACUGCGCUGCAGUCCAGUCUCAUUUGUACGUCCACAUGAUUUACAAGUAAUCCCAGGUGUCACUGACACCACCCCAAAUAUUUCGAGUACGAAGCAGCCAUAUUUUCAAAGGUUUGGACCCAUCAUUAGACACCAGUUACACCUGGAAUCUGUCUACAACCAUAGCUUCCGUCACCAUGACCACUCAGAAGUUACAACUCUGCACUCUGAAGGUGGAGCCACUGUGGACCACAUCUUCUAUUCCCCUGAACGCAUCUUAACCUCAGAUCAAGCAGCUGCUGGCAAGAUUGGGAGUGAAGGUCUGAAGUUAGUUGGUUUUCUCUCGCUGCUGUCUGAAGAGGCCUUAUGGUCCAUGGACGGCCUUCCCAACCACACAUUCCCAUCUGAUCAUCUCAGUCUCCUGGCUAAGCUCCGCUUGGACCUCAAAGCAGCAUUUUAAGAAAGACUUACGGUAAAAUUUAAUUCAAAUGUCAGUAGCUGGAUAGGUUUAUUAAGCAUAUUUUCAACUGGUUGAGUUCAAGGAAAAAUAAUAGUUGUAAUAGUUGUAACAUCUGACUCAAGCCAAGAAUGUUGCUAUUUAAUCACUGCACAUUUGAUAUUUUUUUGUUUGUUUUAUCUAAACAUCGGCUACUUGAAAUGCAUUUUUUGAAAUGCUUUAAUAUUUAAUAAAUUUGUUUCCAUUACUAUA